AUGUCUCUUAUUGAAUCUGUGCAACAUUGGAAUGCAGCUGAAUUGCAGAGUUUGGAGAAACUGUUGCAGAGUUUUGCUGAUGUUUUCCAAGAACCUACUAAGUUACCACCUCACCGAGAUCAUGAUCACUCCAUCCCGUUGCAGGCAGGGGUACAAGUAGUAUCUGUUAGUCCAUAUAGAUAUCCUUAUUAUCAUAAGGAGGAGAUUGAAAGGAUUGUGAAGGAACUAUUGGCCUUGAGGGUUAUCAGACCCAACACAAGUCCCUUCUCCUCUCCGGUCUUGGUGGUCAGAAAAGCGGAUGCUAGUUGGAGGAUGUGCGUAGACUACUGCUCCCUCAACAAUGUCACCGUCAAAGAUAAGUACCCUAUCCUAGUAGUAGAUGAAUUGUUGGUCUUGAGUGACAGGGUGCAAGCUGAUCCAGGGAAAAUAGAGGCCAUGUUGCUUGGCCACUUCCUAAGAAGAUGUUGGAGGAAGCUGUCACCCAUUGCUCCUAUUUUGGUCUUGCCAAAUUUCACUCGAUCCUUCGUCAUUGAGUGUGAUGCUAGUGGAGUUGGCAUUGGAGUUGUCCUCAUGCAGAAUAAUCGGCCCAAUGCAUUUCUAAGUAAGGCUUUGAAGGGGAUAGCCUUGCAUUUAUCAACUUACGAAAAGGAGCUCUUUGCUCUCGUGUCGGCCAUCCAGAAUUGGAGACCAUAUUUGUUAGGGCAUACCUUUGUGGUCAAAACGGAUCAACAAAGUCUCAAAUUUUUGCUUGAGCAGAAGAUUGGUACCCCAUGUCAGCAGAAGUGGCUUACUAAGCUGCUUGGUUACAGCUUUAAGAUUUCAGAGGUCAAAGCUCAUUACCAGGUGGAUCCCGAUAUGCUGGAAUUGCUUACUAAAUGGCAUGCUAAUCAAUUGGAUACUAGAAAAUAUGCUCUUCGAGAUGGACUGCUUUUUUAUAAGGGCGGACUUUGUUUGGGAAACAAUCUGGACCUUCGGACUCAAGUGCUGCAUUUUGUUCAUAGUUAUCCGUUGGUUGGUCACUCAGUGUAUGAGAGGACUAUGCAUAAGGCAAGAAGGGAUUUUUUCUGGAAAGGCAUGAAGGCUAAUCUUUAA